AUGUCAGCAGCAGAAGAAGUCAAGUCAAGACAGUUGAGAAAGACGAAGAGUGAAGUCAUCAGGAGUUCAGAACAAGAAGCAAAGCAUAGUCAAGUGUACGAAGAAGGCGGAAGCAAGUUGGGACAAGUCAAUGAGCAAGCAAAGACAGAAGACGUUGGUAACACGUGCAUCAGUAUUCAACUCAAAGAAGAAGAGAGACAGAACGAUUGUAGUCGGAAGCAAGAACAUCGUAGAAGACAUCAUUGUUCAACGGAAGACAACAAAAAGUCACUUCGAAGUCAAAAGCUAGCCAAGCUGAAACAACAAGUCAAGGUAGUCAAGCAACAACUUUCAGACAAGAAGAGAAGAAGUCAAGAGAAGAAGAAGCGAUAUCUCAAGACGGACAUUCAUCAGAAGUCAGUGAAGUUGAAGCAUAUCCGGCUUAGUCAUGGUGCAGCAGAAACAGAGUCACAGGUCAUUCAGGACAGUAGUGUUCUGUCAGCAUCAGUUGUCAUGUUUGUUCUCAAGUUGACAUUGUACAAGAACAACAAGGGAAGUCAGAUGAAAGUGAAGCAACACAGUCAAGUCAGUAAUCGAAGACGUUCAUCAAGUUCAGCAGAACAUGUGAUCAAGUAG